AUGAGUGCUCGGAAGGAAGCGCGGAGCGAGGGGCGGCGUAGCGUAGUGCGCCAAGCAGACUUGCCAUGGACCUCGAUGGCCACGACAAGCGAGGCAGAUGCGGUAAAUAUGACGACGGAUGAUGGAUUCGAGAUGCUCGAUGCAGGGUGCGACGAUUUUAUGGGACUGCAAGUGGUCGAGGGAUUUGAUGUGCUGCGCGAGAAAGACGCUUCGGGGAAGCAUACGCUUACCAAGAUUGUCCAAGUCGAUGACAGUGAUAAAAUUCUUGCGGCGAAUAAUGCUGCCAAGCGCUCUGCGCAGCCAAAAAGCAAGGAUAUACGUGGCAAGGCGCCCAAAGCGGCCAAGAAAACUGCUCCACACGACAAGCCCGCAUCGAACAGCAAGCUUGAAACUGCAUCUCCUACACCACACAACGAAGACGAGGCGAUCAGUGCUGCGCUACACGCCGCGCGAGAGCAAAGCCUGCUUGCGGAGGACGACGCCGGUGACGAUGGCGACGAUCACGAGUCUGCCGACACCGAAGCGCCAGGAUGGCACGAUAUUCCAUUGCACCCACGGCUCAAGCAUGCGCUUGCAACAUGCGCGUUUACCAAGCCUACGCCAGUACAGGCAGCAACUAUUCCCCCUACGCUUGGCGGGCAGCGCGAUAUUGUGGGAAUUGCCCAGACAGGCUCGGGUAAGACGCUUGCGUAUGGCCUACCGAUUCUAAAUUAUAUCAUGGAGCGUGCGGAAGAUGCAUUGCCGAGUACGCGUCCUUUGGAAUCAUUGAUUCUUGCGCCUACUAGAGAGCUUGCCCUGCAAGUUCGCACGCACCUCCAGAACUUGUCUGACGCAUCGCACCGCUUUGCGCGCAUCGCAACGGUAUGUGGCGGCCUUUCCAUUCAGAAACAGGAACGUUUGCUUACGCAGCAUGGCGGCGCACACAUUGUAGUAGCAACGCCGGGCCGUUUAUGGGAUUUGCUCAAGACGAACGACGCAUUUGCGCGGCGCGUGCGCCAAACGCGAUUCCUUGUCAUUGACGAGGCGGAUCGAAUGGUGGAGACAGGGCACUUUGCCGAAAUGGACGCGAUCCUCGGCAUGGUACGCCGCACUGCUGGUGCAGCGCUGGAUGCCAACCCAGAAAUGCAGACGCUGAUCUACUCUGCUACCAUGGCCAAAUCCCUGCAGAUCAAUUUAAAGCGCCGCAAAUGGCGCAAAAACCAGCGCGCAGCACACAGCGCCAACACACUCGACGAUCUCAUGAGUCGCAUUGAUUUCCGCGAUGCAAACCCGCUUGUGCUGGAACUUUCUCCGGAGCGGCAUGUCGCAGAGACACUGACCGAGGCCAAGAUCGAGUGUUUGCGCAAAGACAAAGAUACCUACUUGUACUAUCUCUUGCUACGCUAUCCGGGCCGUACGCUUGUGUUUUUCAACUCGAUCGAUGCGGUGCGUCGCGUGGUACCCCUACUCCACGAACUCAACAUACCUGCGCACCCGUUGCAUGGCCAGCUCCAGCAGCAGCAGCGACUCCGUAAUUUGGACCGCUUCCGUCGAGAGCAGGGCACCAGUGUGCUGCUCGCCACAGACGUCGCCGCGCGUGGAAUUGACAUUGAAAGCAUCGAUCACGUUGUGCAUUUCCAAAUUCCGCGCAGCGCAGACACGUAUGUGCACCGCUCGGGGCGCACGGCGCGUGCGGGUAAACAAGGCAUUGCUGUCGCUUUGAUUGAGCCGUCCGAGCAGCGGUUAUGGCGGGAUAUCUGUGCGACGAUGCAACGUGCCGAGCAGGUACCAAGCUUGCCGGUCGAGUAUGGCUUCCUCGCACCGAUCCGCGAGCGGAUUGCGCUGGCAAGAAGUAUCGAUACACUGCUGCACACGGAAUCAAAACACGCUCAUGAUGAUGCAUGGCUUCGUGAUCUUGCACAAGAGGCAGAUCUCGAUAUGGACAGCGAGCCCGACGAUCCUGACGCUGAUAUGCACAUCGCCACAUCCAAAAAAGGCCGGCCGCGCUCCGCGCAGAAUCACGCGGCAGCAGCCAAGACGAGUGAGCUGCGUGCAGAGCUCGGCGCGCUGUUGGCAAAGCCACUGCACACGCGCGGCUUGCACCAGCGCUAUAUUACAAGUGGCGUGGAUACAGGCUUUGCACAAUCCAUGCUGCGCGGCGCACAGUCAAGCGAGAUGCUUGGUGUGAAGCGCAGCAGCGCACACAGUGAUGUGAAAAACCAGCAAAAACGUGCACGUAGGUAG